CACGGGACGAGAGACUCAAAUUAUAUACAUCUCCACUGUCUACAGUAUUGCAUUUCCAUCCCAUCGCCUCAGACAUGCUCGCCCCAAUCCGCCUCUCCCUCGCUGCUCGUCGUGCCAUCCUCCCCAGCCCUCUUAGCCUUCUCCCCGCCCUCCACGUGCAGUCAUUUUCCUCCUCUAUUUUUGCCCAGAAGGAAGACGACAAGAGUGACAAGCCUCAAGCUGCCCACUUUGCAAAAGACAAGCCCCGUCCAGUCUCCUCCGGCAAGGCAGUAUCAGACCAUGCCGUUGAAAAGGCCCCUCCAGGCCUGCCUGAAGAUACUGCAGCGCAAGCACCUCCCUCUCCCCUCCCGACCAGCGAUCUCUUCAAUCUUCGCAAUCGCACUAUCGUCGUCACAGGCGGCGGCCGCGGUCUAGGUCUCACCAUCGCCCAAACCCUUCUCGAAUCCGGCGCCAACGUCGUCUGUCUCGACCUCCUCCCCACACCCUCCGAGCCCCAAUGGUCACACGCGCUCCAGACUGCCUCCUCCUCCUCCCUUUCCCUCAAAUACAUCUCUCUCAACGUAACCGACCAAUCCUCCGUCACUCAAACUUUCCAGCAGAUCUUCGAUGAAGCUCCUGCCGACGCGCCAGUGAGGGGUUUAUUCGUAGCAGCGGGUAUACAGCUCAUGCUCCCCGCUGUCGACUAUCCGGUGGAGAAGUUUAGGAAGGUGGUGGAUAUCAACCUUACUGGUUCUUUCCUCUGCGCCCAAGCUUUCGCCCGGGAGCGAUUCGCCCGUUUCCCUUCUGCCCCCUCGGAGGGAGGAGGAGCCAGCAUAGUCUUCACGGCGAGUAUGAGCGCCCACAUAGCCAACAAAGGGCUUGAUUGUGUGCCGUAUAACGCGAGUAAAGCGGGGGUGUUGCAGAUGGCGAAGAAUCUGGCGUACGAGUGGGGUCAGAAGGGUGUUCGAGUCAACACUUUAUCUCCCGGCUAUAUCAAGACUGCUCUCACCGCCGCACUCCUUGACGAGAAACCCGAAUUGAAUGAUACAUGGUUACAAGGCUCCCUCCUCGGUCGUCUCUCCACCCCCGACGAAUUCAGAGGUCCUGUGAUAUACCUCCUCUCCGACGCGAGCUCGUUCAUGACCGGCGCGGAUUUGUUGGUUGAUGGCGGACAUUGUGCUACAUAGCUGCCUCUCUUUCUUUGUAAAGCGUCACAGGCAAGCGUCUUCCAAGUGUAAUCAGUUGUCAAUAUAUACGCUGUAAUAUACUUGUACUGGUUUGAUGGCAAUUGGCAAGGGUGUGGCUUUCUCUUCGGGAGAACGCGCAUCCGAUCUCCCCGCCCACCUUUCUCCUCUUUUCGUCCUUAUAUCUCCUAAAUAUCCCUCUCUCUCCUCC